GUUCUUGUGAUUUUUGGGGGUGUCAUGUCAUCUCCUGUUAAGUAUCGAGGCAUUAAUCACAUCUGAUCGUCAUUUUGUUUUUCAGUACCUACCAACAUCUCAAAACCAGGCCAGACCCCGAUUUAGGUGCUUCUGAGAAAUCCUUCUUUUCUCCUUUUGGCAAAAGUCUUUCAGAUGCAGUAAUGACGACUCUACGAUGCACGCGGGACACACUCUGGCCAUUGCCAUGUGGGCCAUGACGGCGCUGUCUCUUGGACUCGUCGGCCUACGUCUGUACACCCGCAUACGAAUCGUUCGCUUUGUCGGCAUCGAGGACCACAUGUACGCAUGGACCGGAAUAUUCAUGCUGGUGUUUGCUACGUGUAUUCAAGUCGCUGUUCAUUUUGGGUUGGGACGCAGCUUCUGGACUCUUUCUCCGGACGAGUCAUCGAGGGCCAUCUUCUGGACCUAUGUUGCCAACAGCUUCGCCAUCUCGGGAAACGCACUCGCCAAGCUCUGCAUGGGAUUUUUCUUAUUACGGGUUGUGCAGCUGAAGUGGCAGAAACUUGCGCUCUGGUUUCUGAUUGUUGUUACUGUCGGCACAUCGGUAACACUGGUGGUGAUGCUGUGGAACCAGACGACGCCAAGGAAGGCAAGUUGGGAUGUGCUGAGGACGCCUGGAGAGUGGAAUAUCCAGAUUCAACCCAUGAGUGUUGGGUUGGGAGGUUGGUCAAGCGCCUGUGAUUUCUUCUUCGCCAUCUUCCCUUGGCUCUUCAUCAUGUCCUUGAAGAUGCCGCGUCGGGAAAAGUUCCUUUUGGCCAGUGGCAUGAGCCUGGGUGUGAUGUAAGCAGAGAUACAAUCAAGUUGGCCGACAUGAGUUAACGACUCGCAGUGCUGGUGCUUGUGGUGUUGUCAGAACCGUGGUGCUAUCCCGGUUAAAAAUCGAUGACUUUACCUUAAACUUUGCCCCUUAUUUCAUCUGGGCCGGCGCAGAGAUCACUGUCGCCUUGGUGUGCCUGGGCAUCCCAACCCUGCGACCCCUAUACCUGAAGCAACGAGGCAUCAGCACGAUCGGUUACGGCAACCACCAUCACACUGAGCAGAGCGACCCCGAACUACCGCGCUUCACCAUGGUCGAUCAAAAGAAGAGGCCCGACCCAUCUCCGGAUCCAUCCCACAACGGCUUUGAAACCCCCGACCCCCGAAACCUACACCUCUCUCAUAUCACAUUGGAGUCGCUGGCAUCGCCCCAACAGCAGGAAUUCGCCCAGCAACAACAAACCACGCCCAGCCUGACACCACAUAACACAGUAGAAACCCAAGGCCACCUCCGAGACUCUUCCUCAACAGGCUCAUCCCAUACAAUGGUAGACUCCACACUGGCCAGCCCUGAACUUGAACAACACCCCCUUUCUUACCCACACAUCUAUUCGAGAACGGCGGCAGCCAUAUCACGACCACCAAACGCACAUAUCAAGGAGCAACACAAAAGAGACCACAGCGGCGACACUGGCGAUAGCAUCACUGUCGAUGACAUUCUGGGUUUCUACGACAUCGAGGAGAAAAGCCAGAGCAAAACCAAACUUCCAAAUUACGACCAGACACAGCCACAACCACUUGGAUCGCCACUCCACCAAUCAGCGAGUAUCAAGCGGAAAGAGCACCGGAUUACACAAGUAGAUUUCCUUUUAAAGAAUACAAGAAUGGGAGGCGGCAACGCCGAGGAGAGGCGUAUCAUUCGGCCGCAACAGAAUAUGAAUAGACCUUGGGAUGGGGAGGGUUGGCCAUUGAGGAACUGAGCAUGAUGAUAUGAUGGUUGUUGGACUUUGGACUUUUUUUAACUUCUCUUUGCGAUACCCUUUUUUGCAGAUUAUUUUUUCUCAUAUGAGCUGGAAUCUAUUGGAAUAGUGGAAAUGAAGAACUGUCUUUCUAAUACUCUCUGUUGCUGCUCAGUUUACUCAUGGCUCAGCAGCUCCUCAAUAAUACUUUCAAUCUGCCCCAGGGAAUCCGCCUUGACGUUCUCCUCUUCAAUCUCCUUCACUCUCUGUCUAUACUUUUCAUCCCCCAACACCGUGUCAAUACCCUCCUUGACUUGCUCCACCGACGGGUUGGACACCCCCAAAUCAACCGCCACCCCCGCCCUCGCCGCCCGCUGGCAAACGUCCCCCUUGUCGGCGAUCAACCCCGCCAGCACCAUCGGCACCCCGUUCAUGAUUCCGUGCAUGAACCCGCCGUAACCAGCGUUGGAGACAAAGACAUCUGUAUGGGGAAGGAUGGCCUCAUAAGGGAAGUAAUCCACCAUUCUGACAUUCCUGGGUGUUUCCUCUUCUGGUAGGGGAUUCGGCUCCCCCUUUUCUCCCAGGGUAGCAACCACCAAGACAUCCUCCCUGUCAGCCAUUGCCUGAAUGACCGGGAUCAUCAGCUCGUGGUAGGCGCGGUGGAUGGUACCCUGGGUAACGAAGACGACCUUUUUCUUUGCCGGGUCGGAGUCGGAAAGGGCGCUGUUGAGCGUGAGUUCCUCCCACCAAGGAGGGUAUACGAGGUUCUUGUCCAGCGCCCUGACGGGCAACCCACCGACAAGACGGAAUUUUUUGGGGUCCUUGGUCACGUUUGGGUAUUCGAGCGAGGCGGUGGUGGCCAUGACGGUGACGUCCCCGCCGGUCAUGGCCACAUCAAGCGGCAGGUCGGUGAACCUUUUGGUGGACCCCAGCUCUUGGAGUUUUUGAUCGUAGUGCUCAAUCAGUGGCUUCCACAUUGUCUUGCCUCCUGCGUGCAUGGUCUUCCAGACUGCCUUGUUUUCAGGGGUGGGGUCGUACUUCAGACCAAGACCAAAGGGAGGAAAAUCGGGGUCGGAGCUGGUGUAGAUGCUCGUGUGCCAGUUUAUGGUCUUGGGGAGGGAGGUGUAACCCUUGGGUAAGGGGCAGCCGUAUUGAUACGGCAGCAAACCCUGAGACAACGCCUCGUGGACGAACAGAAUCUUCCGUGGCUCAGGAUGAGCGACGCGGAUGUCCUCGAGUGUCUUCCUCAGAACGUGAUACGACGGGACGAUGGACUCCCCAAACACGGCUUUCAUUCCUUCGAAAAAGGCCUCGCCUUCGGUGGAGCCUUCUUGGACUUUGGGGACGUCGUACUCGAAGGGGUUUUUGAUGUAUUUUGCGCCGGUACUCUCGAUGAGGGUUUGGAAGCGGGGCCCGGUGAUGAAGUAGAUGUCUUUGUAGCCACGGUUAAAGUGGAGGUGCUUUGCUAUCUGGGCCGCGCCGGCGGUAUGGCCUGAGGCGUUUAGGGUCAUGAAGAGAAGGACGGGCUUCUCAGGGGAGGUGAGAGGGGGGUGGCCGCUGGGGCUGGUGAGAUCUCGGGCGUCUCCCAUGUUGGUGGUUUGAUCAAGCAAGAUGUAGCGUGUUUGAGUUG